AGCGGGACCUGGCCCGGAGCCCCCCCUCGGUUCCUCCCUCGCUGCUCCGCGACGUCCUCAUGACCUUCUGCAUGUUCAACUUCGACCUCGGGUACGUGAGGGGGAUGAGCGAGGUCCUGACCCCCCUGGUCAGCGUCAGCCCCGAGGAGGUCGAAGCUUUCUGGGCCUUCUGCAGCCUCAUGGAGAUGGUGGGUGAGAACUUCGGGCCGGGGCUGAAGAGGAAGCUGGGAGAAGUGGGAGCGCUGGUGCGAGUGCUGAACCCCGGGCUGAGCCCCCUGCUGGAGGCGCGGGGGCCCCGCAGGUGCUGCUCCCAGUGGCUCCAGUUCAGGUUCCAGCGGCAACUGGGAUUGGAGGGGACGCGGCGGCUCUGGGAG